AUGCCCACACUUGUUCAGGAAUCAACCCUUUUCGCGGUUAGCCUCCUCUGGGAGAUCUUUCCACAUCUCCGUUCAUUUAGUUCGCCCACAGUUUGCCCGGCCUUGCUUCGGUCUGGUCACUCUCGGCUAAUUUGUUCAUCUGCUCAACUGCUCAUCCGCUCAUCUGCCCAGCCUCUUUCUCACCAUCGAUGGGGCGAGAUUUACAGUCAUUCGUCGAAUGCACACGUGAAGGAUAGAUGGGACACUGAAUCGGUCGUCGGGCAGACGAGCGAUCCCCCCGCGCCUGGGCACCGAGGCAAAAAUGGCCGAGACAAGUCAGUCAUUCAGGCCGAGGUCGGUGAGGCUGAUGUGGAAGGAGGAGUCUUGAGACUGGCAAAGUGGUACAGAGUGGAGAGGCUGGGCAAUUGCGUAACUACUCGGCCGGUCAAUGAUUUGGGACCGCUAAGCAGCAAGGCGAGGCCAAGUGGACAUGGAGCUUGUGAGGCGGGCGGUCUCUGUGACGGGACGGAGGGCAGAUGGGACUGGUACGAGUCGACGUGGGGGCAGGCCGACCUGUUAUCCACACAAGGCUGGUCUGGUCCUUGCAAAUUGGAUCGUUGUCCCCCUCUUCAUAUUCCGCCUCGCAGACGGCUCACCAUGAGUCUGGUUCACCUCCACCAAAUGUCCCAAAUUAGACGGAUGCAUAAGCACAAUAGCCUACAUGCCCACUUGGUGGCACACCCACAAGUCGAGAUACACACAUAG